AAAAACAUCAUUAUUAAAAAUCGAAAAUAAUUUUAAUUUUUGGGAUUAUUCGAAAUUAAAUUUUUAUCUUUACAAAAAAAAAAAAAAUAAAUUAAAACGGGAAAAAGAAAAAAUUUAAUUCAAAAUUGUGGAUAAUUUAAAAGAAAAGGCCUCCUAAUGAAAUGUAAAAAUUGGUCUAAUAAACUCAACAACUUUGUUGUCCGGAAAUUGAAAUCAUUUAAGCACAUUCAAUUAUAAAAUCUGUAAAAAACUUUCAAGUAUCUGCUUCCAAUACAAGUUUAAAAUUUUAAGUAAAUUAAGUAAAAAAAAAAUUAAAUUUUCUUAAAAUUUAAUGUGAAAUUCGAUUGAAUGUUUUAUUAUGGCUCUACUUAGUAUAUUUUCAAAGAUUAACGGUCAACAACAGGUGCUAUCUAGUACAAUGCCAGCUAUGCCAAAAGAGAAGCAAACUACCCCAAUAUCAUUAGAUGAAAAUAAUUUUGAUGAAAUUAAAAUGAAAGAACAAUUAAAUAUAUCAAAUACAUCAAAUACAUCAGCUGUAUCAUCAGCAUCAUCAGUAUCACGUUUAUUAAGACGUUGUAAUAGUAAUAAUUUACAACAAUCACAACAACAACAAUGCUGUUGUCAAUUAGAUGAUUGUUGUCCAAUAUUAGCAACAUCAACAGCAACUGGAUCAAUACAAGAUCAUCAUAAUCAUUAUUAUAAUUCAACAAAUAAUAGCAAUAAUAUACAAAAUAAUUCUUCUACAAUUAAUAAAAUGAAUAAACAACCACAACAGCAACAACAACAAAAUAUACAAUCAUCAGAACAUUGUUGUAUAAUUGGUUAUAAAAGUUCAAUUGUUUGUCGUGGUUAUAAUAUGAAUUUAUCAAAUAAUUGUAAUAAUUCAUCAUCAACAAUAACAACAUCACAAAUACCAACAACAUCAACAACAGUUAUGUCAUCAACAUCAUCAUCAUCAUCAGCAUCAUCAGCUACACCAACAGGAUUUUCAUUAUGUACACCACAAUUAUUACCAACAACAUCAUCAUCAUCAUUAUCAACAACAAUAUCAUCGUCAACAAUAACAAAUAUUAAAAAUAUUAGUAAUAAUAGUAAUAAUAGUAGCAGCAAUUGUAAAUGUAGUAAAAUUAAUAAUUUAAAUGAAAAUAAAAUGCAAUAUCAAUAUUAUAAUGGUGAUUCACAAACAACAACAACAACAGCAACAACAAAUAAUAAAAAUCAAUUUGAUAAAAUAACAUCAAUAAAUAAUAGUGGUAAUAAUAGUGGUAAUAUUAGUAGUAGUUGUAGUUCAAAUACAACAGCACAAUCAUCAAUUGUUGCAACGGCGUCGGCUACAGCAACAUCAUCAUCAUCCUCGGCACCUAUAACUUCAAAUAUAAUUGCAUUAUCAGUAGCAGCAGCAACAUCAUCAUCAUCAUCAUCAUCAAAUGAUGGUUUAAGACAAAUGAAUGGUCUUAGUCAACAACAAGAAAUGCAGCAGCAACAACAACAAAAACCCCAACAGCAACAACAACAAUUACCUAAGAAAACACCAAAUGAUUUUAUUUUUGAACAAUAUCUUGGAGAAGGUAGCUUUAGUACGGUAUAUCAUGCCAAAGAAGUUCGAACGAAAAAAGAAGUUGCAAUUAAAGUUUGUGAAAAAGCUCAUAUCAUACGUGAAAAGAAACAAGAAUAUGUUAAAAGAGAACGUGAAGUUAUGCAUCGAAUGAGUAAUUGCCCUGGUUUUGUUAAUUUAUAUUGUACAUUCCAGGAUGAAUCUCGUUUAUAUUUUGUAAUGACAUAUGCCAAAAAUGGUGAUUUAUUACCACAUAUAAAUAAAGUUGGCUCAUUUGAUUUAGAAGUAACACAACAUUAUGCUGCUGAAUUAGUAUUAGCAUGCGAAAAUAUGCAUAAACGUGGUAUUGUACAUCGUGAUUUAAAACCGGAGAAUAUAUUAUUAGAUGAAAAUAUGCAUACAUUAAUUGCUGAUUUUGGUUCAGCAAAAAUAAUUGAUAAUAAUCGUGAUAUGUAUGUAACAUCAUCAUCAUUAGGAACAACAACAGCAACAACAACAACAACAUCAUCAUCAUCAUCCCCGUCUUCACCUUCUUCAUCAUCUUUAUUAUCAUCGACAAUACAAACACCAUCAUCAAUAUCAUCAUCAUCAUCAGCGAUGUUAAAUUCAACAACAACAUCAAUAGCAAAAGGAACAACAAAAAUAUCAUCAACUUCAUCACCAAUUAAUAAUCAUAAUAUUAAUAAUAGCAGUAGUAGCACUAGUAAUUAUAUUCAAUCAUCAAAUAAAUAUCGUAGUAAUAAUUAUCGUUUAUAUAAUGAUAAUGAAAAUGAAGAAGCUCAAACAAGAACAAGACGUCGUAAAUGUAGUUUUGUUGGUACAGCACAAUAUGUAUCACCAGAAUUAUUACAAGAUGGUACAAUAUCACCAGCUUGUGAUUUAUGGGCAUUAGGUUGUAUUAUAUAUCAGAUGAUAUCAGGUCUUCCACCAUUUCGUGGCAAUACAGAAUUUUUAAUAUUUAAACAAAUUUUAAAUUUAAAUUUAGAAUUCCCAGAAGGUUUUGAUAAAAAUGCUGAAGAUCUAGUCAGAAAUUUAUUAAAAUUAAAACCAGAAGAACGUUUAGGUGCCCAAGAUAAAAUUGGUUGUUAUGAAAGUAUACGAACACAUCCAUUUUUUGAUGGUAUUAAUUGGGAUACAAUUCGAAUACAAACACCACCAACAAUAUAUCCAUAUUUACCUGGUGCUAAUAAAGAAGAUGAUUUACAUAGCCAUUAUAGAGUACCAGAAAAUUUAGAACCAGGUUUAAAUGAUAAACAAUUAACAAGACUAUUAGGUUUGGGUUUAAUGGGAUUUGAAAUGGGAGAUAAGACUGAACCAAAAAAUAAUUUUAAUUUAACUGAAACUGAAAUGAAAAAUCGCCUUGAGGCACAAAAAGCAGAUAAAUGGAAUGCAUUCGCUGAUGGUGAAUUAAUAUUAAAAAAAGGUUUCGUUAAUAAACGUAAAGGAUUAUUUGCUAGAAAACGUAUGUUAUUAUUAUUAACUGGUCCAAAAUUAGUGUAUGUUGAUCCAGUUGCAAUGAUUAAAAAAGGUGAAAUACCAUGGAGUCCAGAAUUAAGAGUUGAACCAAAAAAUUUCAAAAUAUUCUUUGUACAUACGCCAAAUCGUACAUACUAUCUUGAAGAUCCUGAUGGUUACGCAUUAAAAUGGGUGAAUGCAAUUGAAAAUGUUCGACAACAAACAUAUUCUAAUGUACCUAGUAAUAUUAAAAUUGGACAUCAUUAAAGAAAAUAAAAUAACAAUACUUACAUAUUAUUAUAUGUAUAUAUAUAUAUACGUUAAUAAUAUUCUAUGUAAAUUUUGUUUUUCUACACCAAAUACCAAUAAUUAAGAAAAAAAAAAAAAGUUCCACUCUCCAAAAUUAUCAAUAAAACAAGAAAAUUUAUAUGAAUAUGCAACAAGAAUGAAGCUCUACAUUGUACCAGCGCUACUAGCAAAAAAAAAAAAUAUAAAAUAAAAAAUAUGCAGUUUUCAAUUAAACAAAUAAUUUUUUUUUUUGUAUAUAUAUUUUUAAUUAAAGGAUGAUUUCAAUUAGUUUUCAAAUAUACCAUAAUAAAUGUACAUAUUUAAUAAAAAUUAAUAUCAUCCUUUAUAUAUGUAUAUGCAGAUUUAAAAAUUCACAAUCAAGAACCAAAAAGGCAAUAACCAAAAAAAAAAAAAUGAUUAAAUAAUUUUUUCUUUUUCAAUUUUUUUCAUUUUUUUAAUAUUAUUAAAUAUAUAUACAUAUUUAUAUAUAU